AUGAGCACCUUAAUUUGGAGAAAUAUGCACCGUAAUUCCCCUUAUGAUGGCAGUGAUGUAUCCACUGAUGAGGAGCCUCUCUUUCGGCAAAACUCCAAUGAAGAAAACAGAAUAAAUGUAAUAAGGAACAUCAACACAUAUGCCAGAACAAAGACCAUUGCUCAGGGCUUUCUAGAUAUAGCCCUAUUUACUGCAAACGCAUCACAGAUGAAACACCUCCUGCAACAAGGCCCAGGAAUACAGUUUUACUAUUUCCUAUUUGUUCUGUUGUGCAUCUCCAUCAUACUUCAGUUGAUUGUUGCAGCCCUGUUAAUUUAUAAAGGAUCAAAGAACAUAGAAUGUGAUGAUCCUGAACGCAGGCUCAGUGACAGAGUACAUCUGCUGAAUAAUAUUGUAACCGGUUUGAUCCUGGUGAUCACAGCUGUCAAUGUUUUCAUCACUUCCUUCUGGUUCAGUCCUCCCCACACCACGCCAGAGGAGCAGCACCUCAGCCCAGUUGCCACCUGCACUAACUGUUGA